AUAUAGAUUUGAGAGCUCAUCUCCCUCUUAUAAAAAGCUUUCAGAGCUUCUCAGAGACUUGUAUAAGGAAAAGAAAGAAGAGAGGCGAAAGUGAAAGCUGGGAAAUCUGAAAUAUAUAUCGAAUCCGAUAUCCUACUUUUUCCAGUUUCCAUGGUUUCUAGGGAGCACAAGAGGGCAGCACUCUAUGAGAAGCUGCAACUUCUUCGUUCUAUAACUAACUCUCAUGCUCUAAACAAAACCUCAAUCAUAGUAGAUGCCUCCAAGUACAUUGAAGAGCUAAAACAAAAGGUGGAAAGACUGAAUCAAGAUAUUGCAAAUGCACAAACUACUUCAUCAUCAAGUGACCAAACUUCAUUGCCUGUGCAGGUUACAGUGGAAACCCUAGAAAAAGGAUUUCUGAUAAAUGUGUUUUCUGGGAAGAGUUGCCCAGGUUUGCUUGUGUCUGUUCUGGAAGCUUUCGAAGACUUGGGUCUCAAUGUGCUUGAAGCUAGGGUUUCCUGUGCAGACAGUUUCAGGUUACAGGCAGUUGGAGGAGAAAAUGAAGAGGAAGGUGAAAGCAUUGACGCUCAUGCAGUAAAGCAAGCAGUGGCAGUGGCUAUAAAAAACUGGAGCGAAAAUACCGAAAAUGAGUAAUCAAGAUUCGGUUGCUAUAUAUAGCUACCUAGUGUUAGGCUGGAACAAACGUCUGCGACCUCUAAAACAUCAAGAGCAUUGGCUGAGCUCAAAGACUUAUGCAUAUGACGCUCACAUAGCUUCUGCAAGUACGAGAUUCCAUACUUAUCAGCUGCAAGGGACAAGGAGUAGAUGUGUUUGUUCAUCUUCUCUUCUGACAAGUCCCCAUGGUACAGAAAUUCCAAGAGAGACUCGAGCUCUUCAUGGUUCAGUUCGGGCAGUUUUAUGGUGUCGUUUGGUGGAGCCUUGCAUCCAUCUAAGUCUAGAAUGUUGUUAAAAAUUUCUAAUCUUAUUGCCUACAUACAUGACAUUAACAACCAAAAUGUAAAAGUUAGAAUUGGUUUCUCAAUACAUUCAUAUGUGGUUAACUGCACCGCGUACGAUAUAU